AUGGCGCAUGGCAGGUGCCAUGACCUGCUGGAGGAGAUGUGGCAUCAGUCAGCGGAGCCGCAGCGAGGCAUGCUGCACGGGCUGCUGCAGUGCGCCGUGGGCAUGGUGCAUCUGCUGAAUCAGAACCACAGCGGCGCCAUGAUGGAGUUUGGGGAGGGGGUGAACAAGCUGCGGCGCGCCAUCGCCACCACGGGGGGUGGGGGCCCCUCGGGCAGCUUUGCAGCGUUUGAGGCGGAGGCGGGCGCCGUGCUGGAGUUCAUCUACAACACGCAGCUCGAACACGCCGCCUGUUCCGAGGUGGAGUGUGUGACAAUGGACGGGUCAGCAGAGAGCUAUUCUCUCCUGGGCGACUAUGGGGCAGGGCAGCAGCUGUACCGCGUGCACAUGGACACAGCCACGGGGCAGCGCUGCCUCGAGUUCUGCUCGCUGCUGCCCUUCCACCAGGCUGUGGUGGGGGACGGCGCAGGUAGCGGGAGUGAGAGUGAGGGCGAGGGCGGGGGCGGCGCGAGAGCAGGGGUGACGAGGGCGUCUGUGCCGCUGCCACGGCUGACAGCCACUGAGGAAGAGCUUAAGAGCCUCGCGUGGUGA